CAAGUUACAAUAACAACAGUCAGUAAUUCAUGCCGGUUUUAAAAUAGUAAUUCUCAGAUAUUAAAUGCACUGUUAGACUGCGGUCAGUAUCUGCGGCUCCCUCUGCUGGACAGACACUGCACUGCACUCCUGUGUGAUCCGGAGGAACAUGCCCGCACAUAUCACUGGAGAUCUGCCCGGACAUGCAGCAGAUCAUGACUCACUUCAGCCCUUAAAUACAGCACACAGAGCACAGAGACUCAGACAGGACUGCGGUUCAGCUGAUGCUGACUGUCAUACCGAGACACUGAAUGUAAUGUGACGUUGUUCAGAGACUAUACUCGUGUGUGUUUACAGCUUCAGCUCAUGGCGAUGCAGCGGAUCCUGCGAGCUCUCGGGAACGGCCAGACGCGGCGGAACCUCUUCGGUCCGGUGGAUCGCGAGCAGCUCCAGCUGGAGUACCGCGAGGCUCUGAGGAAGGACCUGGAGGAAGCAUCCCGCCGCUGGAGCUUCGACUUCGUCUCGGAGACACCUCUGGAGGGCGGAGACUUCCUGUGGGAGGGCGUGUCCGGGGAGAAGGUGCCCGUGUUGUACCGCGCCUGUCAGGAGGGCGCGCAUCCGCGGCCGCGCGGGAAAGAGAACAUCCCCAGAACCCCGGAGAGAUUCCGCGCUGUCCCGCAGGAAGUGGAGAAAACGCCACAAAAGAGGACAGACCUGAAGAGGAAACAGACGAAUAUCACAGACUUCUAUCAGGCCAAGAAGAGGCUGGUGGCCACACCCCGCAAAUCAGGACAAUAACACACACACACACACACACACACACACACACACACACACACUCACUCUCAGGAACGCUAGUGUGUCUCGUCUGGACUCGUCUCAUCAUACGGACACACGAGAACUGACGUAAACCACCGCUGCUUCUCACUAGAUCUUCUGUUUUUCCACACCGUCAUCUCCCUUCAUCCCUUCAAGAACUCUAAACAAUCAUUUACAGCAGUUUUCUGUCGCGGUCGCACUGUUUGAUCUGUGCGGGGGUCAUGGACCGAAUCAAGAAACACGCAACAGACUGUUCCAGAACUUAUUUAGCGUCUUCCAUCAUGUGUUUUUGAAUGUUAUUCAUUACUAGGAAAUUGUUUCUCUGUCAUUCCUCUUCAUGUUUAUAUGAUUGCAUGUCAACGGUUAACGUUUAUACAAAUUUACGUUUAAGAAAAUGUGUUAAAAUCCUUUUAAAUCCAGUAGGAUUUGUGUGGAGGGGCGAAAAGAUUCUGGAAAGAUUUCAGAGUUUGUCUCUCAGUGGGACCACAAAAUUUCAUGACCGAUUAUACACUGCAUGUAUACAAAUGUAUUGCUUCAUUGCACAAUACUUGUAGCUACUUUUAACUAACGUUUGGUGCCAAAGAUGUUUUUUUUUUGUUUUUUUUUCCACACAUAUAAUAGUUAUUUAUAAUUCUAACCCUUCUAAGCUUCCAGGAUGUUCUCGUAAAGGAGCUGCAAUUAUGUUUUUACAAUGUUGAUUUAUUUACAAACACUUGGCGUCGUUUGCGAAACACGAGCUGAAUGAACUCUCUACAGAUUCUUUUGUAAAUUGCGUUAAAUUUAGUGCGGGAAUUAGUGUAUGAAUGUUUAAACGAAGAAUUUGCACAGAAAUUUGUUCUGCGUGCGUUCCGUGAACGCUGCCACUGCAGCGACAGCACAUUUACAGACACUCUCAGUUUUACUUGUAGUCAUGGAAAUACAAGUAUCAUAGUGUUUAUUUGAAAUAAACGUAAUCACAGAUACGAACACUAAGCGUUCUACAUUCACUAAGUGAGUGCUGGAUAUGUUAAGUUUCUCAAGUUUGUUGCUCUGUGAUCAUUCUUGUCUACUUGUAGAUUUCUGUGACCUGUCUGUAGAUAUCCUUUUAAUAUCCAGAUAAUUCGCCGCUGAUGGAGAAUUGCACUUGUUAUUUUGAGUAGUGUAGCUUGCACAUGUCUGUUUUUGUUAAAGAGCUCGGAAUAUAUGUUGUAUUUAUUAUAUGAAUAACUAUUGUAUUGUAGAUUUAAUUGUUCUUGUAGUAAAGCCGUUUAUGAACAGAAA